AUGACCGAAUUUUCUAUUAGGAUUGAUCGAUUGUCGGAACGCCUUCGUCGUGGUACCAACCAAUGUGAUCUUAUCGAACAACGUGCGUGUCUUACCGAACAACGUUUAACAACAUUGAAUCAAUCUGUUCAAAAUCUUGCACGACUGAUCGAAAUUAGUCUUCUAAUUCUCAUCUCAUCAGAUAAAGACAAAUCUUUAUGGCUCGAACUAAUCAGUGACGAAAACAAGCAAAUAACUAAUUCAAUCCGACAGCAUUUUUUCUACCGUUUAGAAUCUUUUCUCCAUCGAUCAAUGAUUGAUGAUGAAGAAAAAUGUGCUUAUAUGAAUGCAUUAGUUCUUGUUCAUAAACCUUCAGUUGUAUCAUCGAAUGUUUUUUUUUGA